ACAACAACCUUAAAGCUUGUUGGGUUUUGGCGGGUUUGAGCUUUGGUUGCAAAAGUUGUUGUCUUUGUCUUGGGUGGUGGAGGCCAUGGAGGGAAGUGAUAUAUACAGAGCAAGAAACAGUUUACGAGCGAGUAGUUCAACAGUUUGGAGAAACAGUAUCAUGGAGGCUUUUUCAGUGUCUUCAAGGCGUGAAGAAGAAGAUGAUGAAGAAGCUCUGAAAUGGGCUGUGCUUGAAAAACUCCCUACUUACAACCGUUUGAGGAAAGGGUUGUUGACAACUUCUCGUGGAGUCGCCAGUGAGAUUGAUAUAACUGAUCUUGGAUUCCUUCAAAGACAGAAACUGCUGGACAGGUUGGUCAACGUUGCUGAAGAGGACAAUGAGAAGUUUUUGUUCAAGCUCAAGGAACGACUUGAUAGAGUUGGGAUUGAUAUUCCAACAAUUGAGGUUCGAUAUGAGCACCUAAAUAUUGAGGCAGAGGCUUAUGUGGGAAGUAGAGCUUUGCCCUCUUUCUUGAACUUUGCUACUAAUAUAAUGGAGAGUUUCUUUACUUAUCUCCAUAUUCUCUCAAGCAAAAAGAAACACAUGACUAUCCUUAAAGAUGUUAGUGGAAUCAUCAAACCUCGGAGGAUGACACUACUUUUGGGUCCUCCAAGUUCAGGGAAGACCACACUCCUUUUGGCUUUGUCAGGAAAACUUGAUCCAAAUCUCAAGGUCUCUGGGAGAGUGACUUAUAAUGGGCAUGGAAUGGAUGAAUUUGUACCUCAGAGAACAGCUGCCUAUAUUAGCCAACAUGAUGUUCAUAUCGGAGAAAUGACUGUGAGGGAAACCUUGGCUUUCUCAGCAAGGUGCCAAGGAGUGGGAACACGUUAUGACUUGCUAUCUGAGUUGUCAAGAAGAGAAAAAGAAGCAAAGAUCAAACCAGACCCGGAUAUUGAUGUCUACAUGAAGGCAGCUACAACCGGAGGUCAAGAAGCAAAUCUUGUUACAGAUUAUGUGCUAAAGAUUUUGGGAUUGGAUAUAUGUGCUGAUACUAUAGUGGGGGAUCAAAUGUUGCGUGGUAUCUCUGGAGGACAAAGGAAGAGAGUUACGACAGGGGAAAUGCUGGUUGGACCAGCUAAUGCUCUUUUCAUGGAUGAAAUAUCCACUGGCUUAGACAGUUCCACAACUUUUCAAAUUGUAAGGUCUCUAAGGCAAUAUGUUCACAUUCUCCAUGGAACUGCAAUUAUCUCUCUACUCCAACCUGCACCAGAGACUUAUGAACUUUUUGAUGACAUUGUUCUUAUAUCUGAUGGUGAAAUUGUCUACCAAGGACCCCGUGAAUAUGUUCUUGACUUUUUUGAAUCCAUGGGUUUUAAAUGUCCUGAGAGGAAAGGUGUUGCUGAUUUUCUACAAGAAGUAACUUCAAGAAAGGAUCAAGAGCAGUAUUGGAUGCGCAGAGAUGAACCGUAUAGAUUUGUAAAUGUUACUCAAUUUGCUGAGGCAUUUCAAUCAUUCCAUGUUGGGAGGAGAAUUGGAGAAGAGCUUGCAACUCCAUUUGAUAAGUCUAAGAAUCACCCUGCUGCAUUAACCACUAAAAAAUAUGGUGUUAACAAGAAGGAAUUAUUAAAGGCUAACUUCUCAAGAGAGUACUUGCUUAUGAAAAGAAAUUCAUUUGUUUAUGUUUUUAAGCUAUGCCAGCUCACUAUCAUGGCAAUAUUGACUAUGACACUUUUUCUACGAACUGAGAUGAAAAGGGAUAACUUGGAUGAUGGAGGUGUUUAUGCCGGUGCUCUAUUUUUCGCUGUAGUAAUGCUUAUGUUUAAUGGAAUGGCUGAGCUUUCAAUGACCAUUGUAAAGCUUCCAGUUUUCUACAAGCAACGAGACCUUCUAUUCUAUCCUUCAUGGGCAUAUGCCAUUCCCUCAUGGAUCCUUAGGAUCCCUAUUACAUUUAUAGAAGCUGCCGUUUGGGUAUUUCUCACUUACUAUGUCAUUGGAUUUGAUCCAAAUGUUGAAAGAUUGUUUAAACAGUACUUGGUGUUAUUAUUGAUAAAUCAAAUGGCUUCUGGAUUAUUUCGAGCUAUUGCAGCACUUGGUAGGAACAUGAUUGUGGCCAACACAUUUGGGUCGUUUGCACUUCUUGUUCUUUUUACAUUGGGUGGCUUUAUUUUGUCAAGAAAUGAUAUCAAGGACUGGUGGAUUUGGGGUUAUUGGAUUUCACCUUUAAUGUAUGGACAAAAUGCAAUAGUGGUGAAUGAAUUCCUUGGAAAUAGUUGGAACCACUUCACCCCAAAUUCAAAUAAGACAUUGGGAGUUCAAAUUUUGGAGUCCCGUGGGUUCUUCACAGAUGCAUAUUGGUAUUGGAUAGGAAUUGGGGCAUUGAUUGGAUUCAUGUUCCUUUUCAACAUUAUAUACACUUUGGCUCUCACUUUCCUAAAUCCAUUUGAGAAGCCGGAGGCAACAAUAACUGAAAAUUCAGAAGGGAAUAUGCCUAAUGACAAAACCAGAGAACACAAAUUACCACGUUUAGGUUCCAGGCACGAAAAGAAAAGAGGAAUGAUUCUUCCUUUUGAACCAUAUUCUAUCACCUUUGAUCAAAUAGUGUACUCUGUUGACAUGCCACGAGAAAUGAAGGAUCAAGGUGUAAGGGAGGAUAGAUUAGUACUUUUGAAAGGUGUUAGUGGUGCAUUUAGGCCUGGUGUUCUCACAGCCUUGAUGGGUGUAAGUGGUGCUGGUAAAACUACAUUGAUGGAUGUUUUAGCUGGUAGGAAAACUGGUGGCUAUAUUGAUGGAAGCAUAAAAGUUUCUGGCUACCCCAAAAAGCAAGAAACAUUUGCUCGUAUUUCUGGUUAUUGCGAGCAAAAUGACAUCCACUCUCCUCAUGUAACUGUCUAUGAGUCCUUGGUUUACUCAGCAUGGCUUCGUUUACCAGCAGAAGUUGAAUCUGACACUAGAAAGAUGUUUGUUGAGGAAGUCAUGGAACUCGUGGAGUUGAACCCAUUGAGGAAUUCCUUAGUUGGGUUGCCUGGUGUGAAUGGUCUUUCAACUGAGCAGCGCAAGAGGUUAACAAUAGCAGUGGAACUAGUGGCUAAUCCAUCCAUAAUUUUCAUGGAUGAGCCUACUUCUGGGUUAGAUGCUAGAGCUGCUGCAAUAGUCAUGAGAACGGUUAGGAACACGGUUGACACAGGAAGAACAGUUGUUUGCACCAUCCAUCAGCCAAGCAUUGACAUUUUUGAGGCUUUUGACGAGUUAUUCCUAAUGAAGCGUGGAGGACAAGAAAUAUAUGUUGGGCCAUUGGGUCGUCAUUCUUGCCAAUUAAUUAAGUAUUUUGAGAAUAUUGAAGGGGUGAGUAAAAUUAAAGAUGGUUAUAACCCAGCAACUUGGAUGUUGGAAGUUACAACUCCAUCGCAAGAACUUACUUUAGGUGUUGAUUUCCAUGAGAUAUACAAAAAUUCUGCGUUGUAUAGGAGAAACAAGCAACUUAUAGCUGAACUUAGCAAGCCUACUCCGGGUUCAAAGGAUGUUCAUUUCGCUACUCAGCAUGCUCAGUCGCUUUGGGUCCAAUGCCAAGCUUGCUUAUGGAAACAACAUUGGUCAUAUUGGCGCAAUCCACCGUACACUGCUGUGAGGUUUUUUUCCACUACUAUCAUUGCCUUGUUGUUUGGAACAAUGUUUUGGGACAUUGGAGGCAAAUAUUCAAGCAGACGACAACUAUUUAAUGCCGUUGGUUCAAUGUAUAAUGCUGUUCUCUUCCUUGGGGUCCAAAAUGCUGCCACUGUACAACCAGUAGUAGCCAUUGAAAGAACUGUCUUUUAUAGAGAAAGAGCAGCUGGAAUGUAUUCUGCCUUACCUUAUGCAAUUGCACAGGUUCUAAUAGAGCUACCUUAUAUUUUGGUCCAAGCUACAUCAUAUGGUGUCAUAGUUUAUGCUAUGAUGGGAUUUGAAUGGACUUUACUGAAGUUCUUUUGGUACAUGUUUUUCAUGUACUUCACAUUGUGCUACUUCACCUUUUAUGGCAUGAUGUCUGUGGCAGUUACCCCAAACCACCAUGUUGCUUCAAUUGUGGCUGCUGCAUUUUAUGGAAUUUGGAACCUCUUUUCAGGAUUUGUCAUUCCACAACCGAGCAUGCCUGCGUGGUGGAGGUGGUACUACUGGGCUUGUCCUGUGGCUUGGACCAUAUAUGGGUUGGUUGCCUCACAAUUUGGAGAUAUAACCAAUGUUCUAAAAUCAGAAAAUACGACCGUACAAGAGUUCAUAAGAAGUUAUUUUGGUUUCAAACAUGAUUUCGUAGGAGUUUGUGCAAUUAUGGUUUCUGGGUUUGCAGUGUUAUUUGUUUUUAUUUUUGCUGUGUCAAUCAAGGCCUUCAACUUUCAAAAGCGAUAAAUUAAGAACAAGAAUGAUCCUUUAUAUUU